AAAGUGGCUGUAACGCAAUCAAGGCGGUGGCUUUUAGCUUUCUCUGUAGUCUUAAAUUAGUGUAGAGGAGACUAGAGAGAGUAGAAGUAGCCGUGGCUGAUAUUAUACUGAGACGACUUUGCUUGUUUCUUCUCACACGCUCCUUCUUCUUCUUCCUACAUUUCGCCAUUUGAGCUCUCUCACUCACUCACUCACUCGCACUGGCAGAUCUCUCAGGCUAAGGUUGCUUUGCUUCUGUUGUUAGCGCUUUGAAAAUGGAGGCUGAAAUAGAUGCCGAUACACCUUUAGACUACGCUGAAUUUCAGAUUUUUCCAUCCCAGAACAGGUAUGAGGCGCUUGUUUCCAGUGAUGGAGAAGUAGAAAAGUUAGCAGGCGGGCCACUAGAACCACUGUUGCCUCAUUUACCAGAACUAAAUGAAUUGUACUGUAAGGGGUCAAAUGCUAACCUCAAACUUCAAGUUCCGGAAAGCCUUCAUGGUGCAGCCUGGUUCACGAAAUCAACUUUAACCAGAUUCCUGCAAAUUGCUGGUUCACCAGACGUAAUGCAUACCAUUACUGCUAUUGAAAAUGAAAUAUCUCAACUGGAAGAAGCCAAAAAGUUUCAUGUUUCUUUAUAUGGCCAGUCUGAAGUUGAGAUUGCAUCACCAGAUGCUUCAAAGAACGAACUUUUGCGGGCUUUGGACUUGAGGCUCACAGCAUUGAAAAAGGAAUUAACUGGAGCCAUUAUCAAGGCUUCUCAUGCUUCCUGCUCCUCUAAAGAGAUCACAAAUUUAGCAGACUUUUCUCAACAUUUUGGAACAAGAGAUUUCAGGAAUUCUCUGUGCAAGUUUUUAGAACAGUUUCAAGAAAGCAAGAGUUGUGAUCCUCCAAAUGAUGACAAGUUGUCCUCUACAUGCCAUUUUAGAAACGGCGAUGUUGAUGGUACGGAUGGGCGUGCUCAGAUAUCAAAACCAAUACAUUCCGCUACACCAGUAAAAUAUAGUGUUUCACCUGCAAAAGCUGCCCAGGUUGAGCGACAGAGUUCAACAGAAAGCGGGGAGUCUUCUGAAUCAAGUGAUGAUGACCAAACAUCUGCAGAAAGAAGUCGGAGUCUUAUGAGAAGUGCAACACCAAGAAGGUCAGCAUCUCCAAUGAGGAGGAUUCAAAUAGGGAGAACUGGAUCUCGCAGGGCUGCUGCAUUGACCAUUAAGAGCCUCAAUUAUUAUCCUUCUCGGGAAAAACCUUUUUCUAAUGAAGAGGGUGAAUCUGAACACUCAAAUAAGAAAACUGAGUAUAAUGCACGAAGGAUGAGUGUUCAAGAUGCAAUAAGUCUUUUCGAAAGCAAACAAAGGGAUCAAUCUGCAGAUGCUCAAAAAAGGAGCUCGUUAACAAAUAUCUCUUUGAGUACAAAUAAAUCCGUAUUGAGAAGAUGGAGUUCUGGUUUGGGGGAGGCUUCCUCUCAAUGCCAAUCAGAAAUUGUCUCUGAAGACUGCGCUCCAGUGACUCACAGCAAUGUAGCAAAUGGGGAGACUCCAACAUGUUCAGAAGAAGUGAAAUCAGAGUCUGAUCUUUUACCCACGGGUGAAAGUACUAUUCAAACUCCUAAACUUGAUGGUAACAAAGAAAGGUUUGAGAAAAAUUCUUCUAGUCCAAUUGAUGCUCAAGACAGUAACGUAACUCAGGGAGAGAAAAGUAUUCAAAAAUCAACAGCAUCAAUUGAAUGGAGCCGAGAAAGAGAAGCAGAGUUGAACCAGAUGCUGAUGAAAAUGAUGGAACGUAAGCCUUCUAAGUCUACAAAGCCUCAAGCUAGCAGAAAUCAAAGUGUUCCUUCUGAGCAGAGAGGUGGCUUUUAUGACCACUACAAGGAGAAGAGAGAUGAGAAACUACGAGGAGAGAAUUCUAGAAAGCGAGCAGAGAAAGAAGCACAAAUCAAAGCCAUGCAGCGAAUUCUUGAUGAAAGGAAAGCUGAAAUGUCGUCUAAAAAGGCGAAUGAUACUGAUAAGAAACGUGCUACGCAGAAGCCCCAAAAACCACUUGGAAAAUUAUCUCAACCUGCAAACCUCAAAAAGGAAACUUCAAAACCUUCUGUUACAAAGAAGGCUUCGCCUAGAACAUCACCCUUGCCUGCUACACGCAAGUCGUGGCCAUCGACACCAACACCAAGAGCCACAGGGGCAUCACCAGCUAAAACUCCUGUUGGGGUUUCUUCUGCCAGCACUACCCCAACUCGCCAAAAACCCAAGCCAACACCGCCCACCUCAAAAGUGGAAAGAUCGCAGCCGCGACAGAGGAAUGUGAAGGAUUCCUUGAUUACUCACGACAGGAGCUUGAAGGGAGUGAAUGAGAAGCAGCAGCAAGCAGUGAAAAAGAAUGCUAAAACAACAAAACCUAAAGUGGUGACAACCUCUGGUGAUUUUUCUGAUAUAAUUCCAGCAAAACACAACAAGGCCACCAAGAAAAGCAGUGUAGUGCCGGUGGAAUCGAAACCAUUUCUUCGCAAAGGUUCUAGAACUAGCCCUGGUGUCGGUCCUGUUGUUAACAAGACGAAAAGUUCUUCUCAAUCAGAGGAAUCUUUGAGAAACAGCAGAAAUCUGAUUGAAACUCAAGAAGUUGAGGUAAUUGGUAGUGCUUCUGGCCCUGUGACUGCUAGUCAGCCUGAAGAGCCAGAUAUUAUGCCAGUCAAUUUUUCAAAUGAUGCUGUAGAAUCAGAAGCUCUGAUAAAUGAUAACCUGACGUGCAGUGAGACACAGCAUAUUGACCCAGUUUCUGCUGAUGGUAAUGAUGACUUAAAAUAUGUUGCAGAAUCCUCAUUGCAAAUUCAAGCUGAAGAAGAAUCAACUAUCUCCCCAAGUGCGUGGGUAGAAAUAGAGGAGCAUCAGCCCAUUUCCCCAUGUAACGACAGCUCAUCUCAACUUACCACUUCAACUAAUGUUGCACCAGCUGGAUUGUCAAGUCCUCGUGUCCGUCAUUCUUUGUCCCAGAUGCUGCAAGAAGAAAGUAAUGAACCAGAUACUAUUGAGUGGGGAAAUGCUGAAAAUCCUCCGUCCAUUGUGUUCCAGAAGGAUGCACCAAAAGGACUGAAGAGGCUCUUAAAGUUUGCUCGGAAGAGCAAAGGAGAUGGAAAUACCGCUGGUUGGUCUAGCCCAUCAGUUUUCUCUGAAGGAGAAGAUGAUGCUGACAGUAUACUCAGAAAAGCUUCGCUUAAUGCCAGGAACUAUGGGCAGCAGAAGACUUCCUUAGGCGAAGGUUAUGAUGCCCGUGAACUAUACUCUGCUCAAUCAAAUAUUAGCAAAUUCGAUGGCCAGAGUUGUUCACACAAGUUGCAAGAGAGCCGCGACGCACCUGCGACUAAAGCAACAAGGUCAUUCUUCUCUCUUUCAGCGUUUAGAGGCAGCAAACCGAAUGAGAUGAAGUUUCGCUAAUGCUAGAGAGCUGGAGCCAGAUAUGGCAAAAUUUUCUACUCCUCCGUCACUGUGGUUGUAGCAUGUAUUCAUUCUUCCACAUGCAGAGACGAGGGGUCAUCCCAAUUCUUCUGGCAUUUAUUGUUUCUUUCUUCAUUGUAAUAUUUUGUUGAUGGGUCUUUUCUUUUGUACAUUCAAUAUGCCCUGUUCUGCUCAGAGAUUUAAGCAUACCCUUGUGAAGUUUGUUAACCACUAUGCUUAGGAUGUGAGGCAAUUUCAGGUUGGUAUAUGUGUAGUCAAUUUCAUUUAUUCUAGGAACAAAGUUGCUUCAUAUAUUAUAUCCAAUUUUAAAUCUGUAAACUUUGCGUAUAUUUUGCAUCAAUAUGAAUGCUUUGUGACAGAGUGGAUACCUGUCUUUUCAGCAUUAAA